UCAUUCAUUCGAUUCAUUCAAAAUGAAAAAUAUUUGCUUGUGGAUGAUUUAUAUGUUGAGUCUAUACAUUCAGAUUUCAGACUCUCUCGGAGUUUUGUCUUUGAGAUUGGUUGCAUAUUCCAACCCAGACGGCAAAACUUCGGAUGGAAAUUGCUGUGAACAUAUAUUUCCAAUAUUUGGUUGUGCUUCAGGGGACUGCGAUCCUUCCCUUCAAAUAUGUAUCCAGGACAACACACAAACCGGAUCAUGUUCAAAUAUUCAGUAUAAAGCGGGCCCAUACGAUAAUACAGCGUCUAUAACAUUUGGUUCUAAAGUCGGAGCAUUAGAAAAUCCUAUUCAACUUCCGUUUCAAGUAUGGAAGAAACAGUUCGUGGUUAGUAUCGCUGUGUAUGACGACGAUACGGAUGGAGGCCAUGAUCAUAUUGGUACGAUCACCUUUAACCCAAACAACGCACCUGGGUAUAAUAGCAGCAAUACGGCGUACACACAGGAUUUUGUUGGCGGCUAUGUUAGGCUCAGUAUCUUGUACGAUGUCCACUGUCUGGAAAACUAUUAUGGAGAAGAUUGUACAAUUUUCUGUCAACCAGAUAAAAUACAUUAUGUAUGUGAUGCUCAAGGUAGCAAACUGUGUCAACAAGGAUGGACCGGAAAUGAUUGUUUGACUAGUAUCAAUGACUGUCAUUUAUCGGCUUGCUUUAAUUCUGGGACUUGUGAGGACCUUCACAUUGCAUAUCGCUGUCAUUGUUUAAAGGAUUUUACAGGGGAUCGAUGUGAAAUACAGAUACCUAAAGAACCGACUGUUCAACAGAAUAGAUCCCAGUUUCAUUUACAGAAAAUGACACAAGUCACAGACAUAAUGUAUACAUCGCCUCAGGAAGCAAUCGUAACGGAAAUAGCAAUUAUGACCGAUUAUUCUUCUCAACCGCAAACAUUGGACCCUUUAAACCUCUCGUUAUCGCAAGAAACAACUUCAUUUCCAACAGAAUUCAAAAGCGUGAAAACAGAUACUGAAAUAAGCUCGACAAAUCCCGAAGAAAUUACAGUCAUGGAAACAAAUGAACUCACUGCGCCUCAAGAUAUGACAACAGAGAUUGAAGUGAGAACAUCACCCGAUCUUGAGAUUGAAUCUAUAUCCCAGACAAAAAACGAAUCGCAGGAAGGUGAUUUCUAUAAUACUGUGACAAAUAAUGCAUUCUUUCAAGAAAUCACAUCCGAACAACACUUUGAAAUGUCUACCGAUGCUUCUUCAACAUUAGUACAAGUAAAUUUGACCAAUGAAAUCCCUUAUAUAAUGAACUCCACCGAUCCAAAUGAACAUGAUAUAACAACUGAAACACCAAAUCUAGUUAGUUUUAAUGGGAGUGUGAUUUCAAGUGAAAUUAUUUCAACGAAGGAGACAAGUUCAAUUGAGUCAGAAUUCACAGGGUUGAAAUUUCUUUCUACUCCCGAUCCAUCAACUGAAUUAGAAAAAAGACAUACAUAUACAGCCAAUACAAACGAUCUAGCCUAUCCAAAAACAGACACUCAUGGAAAGGAGGAGCACAAAGAAAGACCAACGGAAACAUACUCUACAAGUUUUGGCCAAGAAACUUUUACGGAUCAAAUUGGCACAGAAAACAGUCAAGUAUCUGACGAUAGUCGCAGUCCAAGUACGGCGUUUUCCCUUGAAGCUUUGUCAACGUCAACAACGUAUGAUAAAUCAACAGCCAAUACCGUCACAAACGCUUGGCCGGUUGAAACGGAGGAAACAAAUAAUAAAAUUACACCUAACGUUCCAGCUAUGUCAACUGGAUCUGACGUUAGUAGUACAACUGAUGUCAAAAACCCGCAAGACACUACUUUUGACAUCGAAGGAACCAGAGGUACGCGCGAACUUUCCUCCGAGAACACGGAAACAAGUAAUGCUUUUUAUCUUUCAACUGCAUCAUCUGAAGACAAUAAUACACAGGAAAACGUAUUUACAUCAUACUCACAAGAAAAUAUCAAAGACACGGACAAUAGCUCUAAUGUGAUGGAUUCCACAACAAAAACAACUACCGGUAUGUAUGUAACAACGGAAAUGCCAUAUACCUUUGAUAAUACACCCGGCAAAGAAAGUACUUUUGAGACCGAACCUCGUACAAUUCGUCCUUCUACAGAAGAUUUCGGCAAGGUUUCGGCUUUAAAUUUAGACAACUCACAGCCGUCAACGACAUAUAAAACGCAAACCCACGUCCCUGACAAUGAAAAUUUAGUAAGUGCAUCGUUGUCUUCAUCAAAUAAUACAGGUCAGUGGUCAGUUGGUUCGACUCCAAAUCAAAAUACCUUGUCUGAAACAACGGAUGUAUCGACAUCGACUUCUGGGGCUGUUCAAGCAUCAUCGGUUACUGAUAUUAUGAAAUUGUCAACAUCAGAUUCAAAGCGAGAGGAGUCUACUCAUUAUGACACAGAUGUACACCUGACUACAGGCGAUCUGACAACUGAAACGAACAAUAAAAGGUCUACUUCCGACACAACAGAACGAAUCUUUAAUGCCAAUAUUUCGGUAUCGACUCUCGAGAUCUUGACUGAUAAUGAAUCAAAGCCGAAUUUAGUAACAACUACAAAAGGAGCAAAUAUGUCUCAGCCUUCCCCCUCAUCAACUACUUCUAAAGAUGCAUGCCAGUCACGAUUUUUUAUUGAUGCGAUAGGAGAGCUUGUCAUAGAGGUAAAAAGUCUCUUUGAGUUUCCAGCUGUGAAAAAGGAGAUGUUGGAUAUUCUUAAAGAAUAUGGAGUUUCCCAGACUGAAGCUACGUUCAAUUACACGGUCUAUUCUAGUCUAUAUUCAGUCUGGAUGAAAUUUGAUUCUCGAAGUGUUCCCUUAAAGAUGAGCGAUAUAAGCGACAUUUCAACCAAAGUCUGCAGAUCUCUACAGUAUUAUCGGAGUGGCAAUGCAAACACGGAGAUGGAUAAAGGUUUGGGUUCUGGAUCACUUGCAGCUAUAAUCGUCUCCAUGCUUUACUUAGCUCUUUUGUUUUUUAUUGCGAUUUUUCUUAUACACAGGAAAUACAAGGAAAGAAAUAAAGUUGGAUCCACCCCUGAAAUAUCCGAAAAUCCUUGUAUAUCUAAAGCUCCAUUGAAAACAAAUCUUGAAGCAGAAAGUAAUUGCUAGUAUAAAGCGGGCGUACGUUUUACAGUGACAACGAAACAUCGUAUUGGUAUAUAAGUAGACUGUGCAAUGUUUAGUGUUGGUGAAUUUGUUUAUAAUUGUGUUCAAUCAAAAUCCUUUUAUGGUUGUGAAAACGGUCGACUUGUAUUCAUAUGGAUAUCUAUCUAUCUAUCUAUUUAUCUAUCAUCUAUCCAUCUAUCUAUCUAUCUAUCUAUCUAUCUAUCUAUCUAUCUAUCUAUCUAUCUAUCUAUCUAUCUAUCUAUCUAUCUAUCUAUCUAUCUAUCUAUCCUCGAGUAGAACGAAGGUUUGUCUGACUUGAUGUAAACAAAAUAUCGGUACUUAAUGGUUUUGAAAUUUGGUUCAUGCGUUUAUGAAAGUCAAACUUGUGUUAUGUAUUAAAGUAGACUGAUAUUUAAAUU